AAUAGGAAUGGGGGUGGGGGCAGAAGAAGAUCCUCGUGAGGCGAGGUCCGUUCACACUACGGGGGUCACAAAAGGUCAGCUCGGGCUACGGGGGCCCGGACGGACAGCCAGGAGCAGAUCUGAGCGGGCCGUGAGAUGAUUCGUUUCUGCUCACCGGAAGGAUGGGGAAACUGAGGCACGAGUGGGCCAGCGGGGAGGCCGCGAAGGGUUGCCAUGUCCACAUAAGACCAACACUUUACUCACUGGGCGGUGGUGGCGUGAGGAGCAUUCGCCCCGCGACGGAGAGCCAGACUCUGCCCCCAGAGCUGAGUGGCUCUCGUUCCCUUGUCCCCUCACCCUGCUGUUAUCCGGGAACUCCUCUGCCUCCGCCCUGUCUUCCGGUCUCGAUUCAGCUAGAGGGCCUUGAAAUCUACCAGUUCACCUAUUCUGAAGAAUAAUCUGCUCUCCGUCUGCCCCCCACUCCCUUACGUAUCACAUACAUUCUCACACGGAUGUGCUUGUGAUGGAUCCCCUGCUGCCUUCAGAGUCCCUUUCAGACUUCAUCAUGGUCAAACCUCUUAUUUUCUCAACUCCAAGUGGUGUCCCUCAGCCCUUUCUAGUCUCCUUUUUAUCCUUAAGCUUUUCCCUUCCCCUGCCCUGGAGGAGAAAUGGUAAGAUACGGGCGUAUACAGGAGGACAGGGAAUGGUCUCAAACUGGGAAUAGGGAAGUCAUUACUUGCCUCUUGGAAGACUUUUUGAGGGGUAGGUUAGGGAGGUCUCUCUACCUUACGUUGCCUGGCCUCUCCUCCAGGGCGGCUCAGUAUGCCUGCUCCCUUCUUGGCCAUGCACUACAAAAACAUGGGGCCAGUCCUGAGUUACAGAAACAAAUUCGAGAACUGGAGAGUCAUCUGAGCCUAGGAAGAAAGCUUCUACGACUGGGUAACUCAGCAGAUGCCCUUGAGUCAGCCAAACGAGCUGUGCACUUAUCAGAUGUUGUCCUGAGAUUCUGCAUCACUGUUAGUCACCUCAAUCGAGCUUUGUACUUCGCCUGUGACAAUGUCCUGUGGGCUGGAAAAUCUGGACUAGCUCCCCGUGUGGAUCAGGAGAAGUGGGCCCAGCGUUCAUUCAGGUACUAUCUGUUUUCCCUCAUCAUGAACUUGAGCCGUGAUGCCUAUGAGAUUCGCCUACUGAUGGAACAAGAGUCUUCAGCUUGUAGCCGGCGACUGAAGGGGUCUGGAGGAGGAGCCCCAGGAGGAAUUGAAAAUGCAGGACCUGGGGGUCCAGGGACUCCAGGAGGAGGCUUGCCUCAUCUGGCUCUCAAGCUCCAGCUCCGAGUCCUACUCUUGGCUCGGAUCCUUCGAGGUCAUCCCCCACUUCUGCUGGAUGUGGUCAGAAAUGCCUGUGAUCUCUUCAUUCCACUGGACAAACUAGGCCUCUGGCGCUGUGGCCCUGGGAUUGUGGGGCUUUGUGGCCUUGUGUCCUCCAUUUUGUCUAUUCUUACCCUAAUCUGCCCUUGGCUAAGACUCAAGCCCUGAUAUUCUGGUACAAGAUAAGGAGGAGAUCUGAAUUGGUAAGAUGCAAUCUUAGAUCAUCCCCAGUAUACCAGUCUCAUUCUAAUUCUCCUCCUCAGUUAAAGUGAAAAUCCCAGGAUUCAGGGGUAAGAGAGAGGAGCUUUGGGAAAGGUGAGGUGAGGAGAGGUGACUUAUGAAGUCAACGGGGUGAUUCUGAUGUUCAGAUCUUCCGGAGUUUUUGUUUUUUCCUCCUCUGGUGCAAUGUCUGUGUCUCUCUUGACCCCUUUUACUUUGUCUCUUCUGAGUCUAUUUAAGAUUCCGUCUCUACAUCUUUUUCUUUUCUUUUUUUUUUUUUCUUUUUUUUUUUUUUUUUUUUUACCUUCUCCGUUUGCUGUCCUGGGCAUUUUAAGCAGCAGCAGAAUUACUCUUUUUUGGUAAGGGGAGGUAGAAGGUGUGGUCUGUGAGGUUCUAACUGCCUUCAUCUUUUUCCUCACAAAAGUGACUUGUAGCAGAUUUUAUCCCUUUCAAAUGCCACCAGAUCAUAAUUUUAAAGACUUUUGUCCCAGUGGACUCUCUCCUUACGCACCAGAGAUGGUGCAAUGGUUCUUCCUUCAUGUCUACCUCACCGGCCUCCCUCAUGACUUGGCCCUUCCCUCUGCUCACACCUGCAGAUUUCCACUUACACUUUUAUUUCAGGGCUUUGUUCCCUAGCCUGUUCCCACCCCUUCUUUGCCUAUCCAGAAUGAUGCUGUGUCUGGCAUCUUGCUGUAAAUACUGUACAGUGAUUCUGUGUAAAUAGCUGUGGCCUGUGCCCACAAUGGAGAGCAGGCCUUUCAGGUCAGCACAUUAAAGAUCAGUUUGCUUAUCGA